AUCUUCAGGACCGCCAACGCGCCGCGCACCGCGCCGGACGCCACGGAGACCCUCGUCGCCCAGGCCCUCCUCGACCUCGAGAACAACGUGCCGGACCUCAAGGCCGAGCUCCGCCCGCUCCAGAUCUCGGCGGCUCGCGAGGUUGACGUCAAGGGUGGCAAGAAGGCCAUCGUCGUCUUCGUCCCGGUCCCCCAGGUCAAGGCCUUCCACAAGAUCCAGGGCCGCCUCACCCGCGAGCUCGAGAAGAAGUUCUCGGACCGCCACGUCGUCUUCAUCGGCCAGCGCCGCAUGAUGCGCAAGCCGACUCGCGGCUCGCGCGUCAAGCAGCAGCGCCCGCGUUCGCGCACCCUCAAGGAGGUUCACGAGAAGAUCCUUGAGGACCUCGUCUUCCCGACUGAGAUCACCGGCAAGCGCACCCGCCAGGCCGUCGACGGCUCGAAGACCAUCAAGGUCUUCCUCGACCAGAAGGACGCGACCAACCUCGAGUACAAACUUGACACGUUUACGGGCAUUUACCACCGCCUCACCGGCAAGAACGUCGCGUUCACCUUCGCCGACACCGCCUAAGCGCGCUUUCCGAGCCCGAUUCGACGGUUGUUUGGGGCCUUGGUACGCUCGCGCAAUGGCGACGAUGCCUGCUGGCGUUUGACGGAUACCUC